AUGUUGCAAACAAAGAAUGCCACUAUCGAAAAUGAUGUAGAGAAUGAGGACACUGCACUUCUUGUUGGGAAAGUUCCAAAAGGGGAAAUGGAGUUUCUGGAGCUACUUCCAGCUUCCUGUCGGCCAGCGGUGUACAUCAUGAUGAUUGCCGUCGUUCUGAUGGUUCUUUUGGUUCUGAGGCCCACCUACCUUUCGGAAAUACAGCAGCAUACAGUGGCUGAAGUUUUCACCAGCAAUCCAAGCAAAUGCACACAAUCGCCAUGCUUCAAGCCAUCAAAGGUCACUGUCGAGUCUAAACCUGGAUUUCCGUCGUUUCUGGAUGUUGCCAACAAGGGCAGAAUUGAUGUAAGCUAUGACAGUCGAUCCAUACGUAUCAACGAUGAGAGAGUUCUUCUAUUGGGAGGGAGCAUACAUCCUAGUCGAGCAACAAAACAGACAUGGGGCUACGCUCUGGAUGAAAUUGUUGCCAAUGGUCUCAACUUGGUCACGAUUUAUGUCAUGUGGGAAAAUCACCAGCCAGUUCCAACCAUGGAUAUGAAUUGGGAUUUUCUAAAAGGUAUUCAGUAUGAAGGUAGCACGAGUUCUAUUGCGUUGAAGUGGAAUCUUGCUUCUGCCAUUCGCUCCGCUGCGGAAAGAGGGCUGUUCGUUCAUUUACGAAUCGGACCCUAUGAAUGCGCCGAAUACACCUAUGGUGGAAUACCCGAGUUCAUACCACUGCAGCAUCCCAGUAUGAGUAUGCGACGACCAAACUUGGAGUGGCUUGAAGUGAUGAAAUUGUAUGUCGAGCAACUAUUGACUUAUCUUGACGACAACAAACUCUGGGCCUAUCAAGGGGGUCCCAUCAUUCUCGGUCAAAUUGAGAACGAACUUGGAGGGAAUGUGGAUGCUGAGGCUGAGAAUUUCUUUCUAAUCAAUGAGAGAGGCGAUUUUGUGGAAAGGAAGGAUAUGCCAAGUGGUCCGGCUCGAGGGCUGCGGAAUGCCACAUUGCAAGACUACGCUGACUGGUGUGGCAGCUUAGUCCAGGAUCUUGCGCCGAAUGUGACAUGGACAAUGUGCAAUGGACUCUCUGCCGAGAAUACGAUACUCACUUGCAAUGGAAUCAGUGAAUGUGCAGACUUCUUGGAAAGUCAUGGCUUCAAUGGCCGCGUGCAAGUUGAUCAGCCACCAAUGUUGACAGAGUUUGAGGGGGGCUUCCAGAUCUGGGGAGAGGACCCACACAACCCAAGCGACUACUUUUGGGGCCGUCCAGCAAGUGUCAUGGCGCAUGAUGCGUUGCGUUGGUUUGCCAGAGGAGGCACACACCUGAAUCACUACAUGUUCUGGGGAAGUUACAAUCGAGGGCGACAAGCCGCGGCAGGGAUCACAAAUAUGUACGCCAAAGAAGCAAUGUUGUGUCCCUCUGGUCAGCGUCAUCAGCCCAAAUUUGGUCAUUUCCAAGCACUUCACCAGGCUCUUGCCAGCCUUGCUCCAAUUUUACUGGCAUCGGAAAGCGCCCUUGAGAAAGGUCAACAAGUAGAAAUUUUGAAUGAUGACGGAAAAUGGGAAUAUGGUGAUGACCAGCUGCUCUACCAGUAUCAAGCGGACGAACACAGCCGUGACGUAGUAUCGAUUCUUGAAAACAAUGCGAACACAAGCGUUAUCACUCGUUUUGGACACAAUGUAAUUGUCAUGGAUCCAUAUUCUUCGAUACUUUUGAAAAAUGAAAUUCGAGAGUUCGACUCUUCUGUUAUUGGACCUCGCUUUCAGGCAUUUGAAAGAGUCUUCUCGAAAGGGCAACAUGGACCAAAGUUAUUGGACUGGGAGGACUGGCAAGAACCCAUUGGGGCACCAUCAAAUCUUCCAGCGACAGUAGUAGCAAACCAUCCAAUAGAACAAACAAAACUCAAUGUCGAUGCCCAAGUCUACAGCGAUUAUGCAUGGUACGAGACUACCUUCCAUAUGGAUACAGAUGGGCAAGCAGCAAGUCUGGUGUUAGAGGCCCAACGUGCAAAUGGUUUCGUAGUUUUCAUCGACGAUGUUUUUGUAGGAUCCGCGGAUGACCAUUUUCACAUGGAAGGACCCAUUUCAUUUUCAAUUGAUAUUGUGGAUAUUGAAGGAGGGAGCCGCAAACUGAGUAUAUUGUCUGAGUCUCUGGGCUACCAUAACUUGAUAGGUCGCUGGGGUGUGGGGACGAAACCGAAGAGCAAAGGUCUAACAGGCGAUGUUGUAUUGGUUUCCUCCAGUGGCAAAAAUGCCAGCCUCGUAGAUGGACGUGAAUGGAGGUCUUUUCCUGGUCUACAUGGCGAAGCUAUUAGCAACCAAGGCCUUUCACGACGCCAUUUCGAGAAGAAUCUACUACCUUCAACAUCCACUACGCCGACGUGGGCUUCCGUCGUGUUUGACACUCCAAUAUAUGAGCCUCGCACUCAGGGAUUGUUUCUCCGGCUCACCACUGGACGUGGGCAUCUUUUCUUGAAUGGAUACGAUUUGGGGAGGCAUUGGAAUAUUACUACAGACGAGACUGGAAAGUAUACCCAAGAGUAUUAUUUCUUGCCACCCGACUAUGUCCAUAGUGAUGGCAACUUGAAUGAGCUCACUAUCUUUAACUCACUACCAGACAAUAGAGUUAGCGCAGAGUUGCUGGUAAGUUGGACAGUUGCAACUGAUUCACCCAACUUCCAGGACGAAAUCAACUUCCAGAAUGCAUGCCUGUGA